AUCAAUGUUCCUAAACAAACGACGCCAUUUUACAAGAAGCGACGAACAAAGAAAGUCAACAUAUUUAAGACACAAAAUAGGCGGCCGUCGCCACAGCUUGACAAGAAAAAGAAAAUUUAAUUAAAGUUGAACUCUUCCUUCUUGUGUGAACAUUACACGUUAGCUAAUAGCUGUUAAGACUCGCUUUUAGAACAAGAAAUUCUGUGUGUAAAAAAUCGAAAAAGGAAAAUAAGAUAUCCUACGAAAUUAUGAAGGAAGAAAUUAAAAGUGCUGUGGACUUUCUCACGAACAUUCUGCGCUCAAAAAAUGAGAUUAACCACGACAAGAGUUCUCAGUUCAAUGCUGUUUUACAGAAUAUCUUAAGUGCUCGUUACCAGGACCAUUGGUUUCCAGAGAAACCGUUCAAAGGGAGCGGCUUCAGGUGCAUUCGUCUAAAUCAUAAUGUGGACCCUUUGAUCUUGCAAGCUGGCAAAAUAUGUGGACUGAAUCAUUCAAUUCUCGAGUCAACAUUUCCACCGGAGCUUACGAUAUGGGUGGAUCCCAGGGACGUUUCGUUUCGUAUAGGUGAAAACGGAAGUGUGGGCAUCCUUUACCAGUCGGAAAAUGAUCCGUCCGAGCAGUAUGUCCAACAAACUCAGGCGAAACAACAGGAAAAGUGUGAUCUCUUGGCAAGCCAGUCAAACCACAGAACCUUCAGCAGUACUUUCAUGUCCUGCAAGGAACAGUUCAUGAAUGUUUUUCCAAGUAACUUGCGAGAAUCCGUUCACUAUCAGCAAUUAGCUGGCUUCAUUGCGAGCUAGCUUCUUUUAAUGAACAAUUUGUUAUUCAGGGCAUUUCACUGGGCCGCCAUUUCACCUAUUGGAUUUACAAAUCGCUCAUGUAUAUGGACUAUGAUAUUGUCAUUUGUAUAUUAAAUUUUAUAGACUUAAUCAUGUAUUAUUUGUGAUUUGAGCAAUCUCCAGAUGGAUUUGUGUAGUGCUGUUGUAAUAACGUGUGAUAUUGAUAAUUCCAGGAAUGACAGUUUGAAUAAUACACGAUUAUUGUGGUUUUAUGUCAUUGUGCUGUGUGAUGUUUUUAGUCUUUAUAGAUACCAUUGUGAUUCCCUACCAUGUACAGACUUGAUCUGGCACAAUUCUUACAUUUUAAAACAUUACCAGUUGAUACUCAGGAUGGGCUAGAUGUAUCAUGUAUUUUACUGUGUAAUAUUUCAUUGCACAAAGUGCAUUUAUAUGUCUUUCAUGUACAAUUUACGCAUCCUGAUCUCGACUAGGAAUUAAUAUUUAAUAGUUUAUAAUAUUGGAUUGCAAUGUGUAUUUGACCAAAGUUGCGGGAUACUGUGCAAAAUCCCUCUCAAGGUGCAAAUAUGACUUAUUUUAAUAUAAAAUAUGUGCAAAAAUAUAAAGAUUAAAAAUAUUAAAAAAAUGAAUGUUAAA